GCGGAGCGCUGACCGAAAGAUUCCUGAAAGAGUCAGUUGGGCGGGUCUCCCGCAGCCCUGCCUUGACUGCGAGGGCCGCGACGCUCACGCGGCUACAGGCUGCCUUCGUCCACCUGGGACUCCUGUCUGCCAAGAUGCCGAAGGCCAAGUCUGUGGCGAGCGGCCGCCGGCGCAAGCGGCAGGAGCAGCGCCGGGAGCUGAAGCAUGCUGGAGGACUCAUGUUCAACACAGGGAUCGGGCAGCACAUUUUGAAAAAUCCUCUCAUUGUUAACAGCAUUAUCGAAAAGGCUGCUCUCAGACCAACUGAUGUGGUGUUGGAAGUUGGGCCUGGAACUGGCAACAUGACUGUAAAGCUAUUAGAAAAGGCAAAAAAGGUAGUUGCCUGCGAACUUGACCCAAGGCUUGUAGCUGAACUUCACAAAAGAGUUCAGGGCACGCCUCUAGCCAGCAAACUUCAGGUAUUGGUGGGAGACGUGUUGAAAUCGGAUUUGCCAUUCUUUGAUACUUGCGUGGCAAACUUGCCUUAUCAGAUCUCAUCUCCUUUUGUCUUCAAGUUGUUGCUGCACCGGCCUUUUUUCAGAUGUGCUAUACUUAUGUUUCAAAGAGAAUUUGCUCUCCGUUUAGUUGCAAAACCUGGAGAUAAACUAUACUGCAGGCUAUCGAUUAAUACACAGCUUUUAGCACGUGUGGACCAUCUAAUGAAGGUUGGGAAGAAUAACUUCAGACCCCCACCCAAGGUGGAAUCCAGUGUUGUAAGGAUAGAACCUAGGAACCCACCACCACCUAUCAACUUUCAGGAAUGGGAUGGCUUAGUAAGGAUCACGUUUGUUCGGAAAAACAAGACACUGUCUGCUGCAUUCAAAUCAAGUGCAGUACAACAACUGUUGGAAAAAAAUUACAGAAUUCACUGUUCGGUCCAUAAUACUGUUAUACCAGAAGAUUUCAGCAUAGCAGAUAAAAUACAGCAAAUCCUAACCAGUACGGGUUUUAGUGACAAACGGGCCCGUUCCAUGGACAUAGAUGACUUUAUCAGGUUGCUACAUGGAUUCAAUGCAGAAGGUAUCCAUUUUUCCUAGCUACUGGGAAAAGACUUUUUCAAGACAAUACACAUUUCUAAUAUUUGGGAAGAAUGUGGAUGCUUUUUUCCUACAGGUCAUUUCCUUUUUUAAAAAAACAAAAAACCAAAAACAAA